AUGAAACUGACAAUAAUUUCUUCAUUGUUUAUUAUAUUAGCUGUACUUGAUUUAUCAAGAGCAAGAACAAUUCGAAAGAUAAAUAGCGGUGAUAACGAUAAUAAUGAAUUUUUCGAUGACGAUAAUGAUAAUGAAUUGACAGUAAAUGAAGAUGAAGGUGGUGUUUAUCGUCUUCAUCUUAGUGAUGCUAUAAUUGAACAAAUAUUUUCAAGAAUUCAAGAGCGAUCAGCAAAAUCAAUUUUUGGUGCCGGUGUUAUUGAUGAUCUUAAUGAAUUUAUGGUUGAUAAAAAAAAUGCCAAUCAAAUGAUUGAUCUUUUAUUCAAAGGAAUGUCUAGAACGCCUUUAGAUCCACAAAUUCAAUCCUAUGCAUUAACUAUUAUGGCAAGAUUAACUGAAGAACCAAUACUAAAUGCUAUUCAAAAAAAUUGUUCAGAGAUUAUGGUAAAAAUGGGUGAUUUACAGCAAAAACAAAAAAUUGCUAAAUGUCAUCCAAAAUUAGUUGCUGGUAUAAAACAAAAGAUAAAAGAAUUCAAACGACGUGAUCCACGUCCAUAUAAAUAUCAAGGUGAAAAGCAUGAAUUUGACGAGUGGCUCGGAAAAUUAUUUCCAGUUAAUGCAUGA